GGGCGGGGCAGAGGGGGAAGUGGGCGGGAGCCGAGGGCCGAGUCUCCUGAGUCGCCGGCGGCCGCGGGGCUCUGGGCAGGUGGGAGCCCGCGGGGGCCGGGCCGGAAUGAGCCAUGGCAUCGGUCAAGGUGGCCGUGCGGGUCCGGCCCAUGAAUCGCAGUUCUCAUCCUGGAUGGAGGGAUACGGUGACUUUCUUCAGUACCAGGGAAAAGGACUUGGAAGCCAAAUUCAUUAUUCAAAUGGAGAAAAGCAAAACAACAAUCACAAACUUAAAGAUACCAGAAGGAGGGACGGGGGACUCAGGAAGAGAACGGACCAAGACCUUCACCUAUGACUUUUCUUUUUAUUCUGCUGAUACAAAAAGUCCAGAUUAUGUUUCACAAGAAAUGGUUUUCAAAAACCUCGGCACAGAUGUCGUGAAGUCUGCAUUUGAAGGUUAUAAUGCUUGUGUCUUUGCAUAUGGGCAGACUGGAUCAGGAAAGUCAUACACUAUGAUGGGAGAUUCUGGCGAUUCUGGCUUAAUACCCCGGAUCUGUGAAGGGCUUUUCAGUCGGAUAAAUGAAACCACCAGAUGGGAUGAAGCAUCUUUUCGCACUGAAGUCAGCUACUUAGAAAUUUAUAAUGAACGUGUGAGAGAUCUACUUAGACGGAAGUCAUCCAAAACCUUCAAUUUAAGAGUCCGUGAGCAUCCAAAAGAAGGACCUUACGUGGAGGAUUUAUCCAAACAUUUAGUACAGAAUUACAGUGAUGUUGAAGAGCUUAUGGACGCAGGAAACAUCAAUCGGACCACCGCCGCCACUGGGAUGAAUGACGUCAGCAGCAGAUCUCACGCCAUCUUCACCAUCAAGUUCACACAGGCAAAAUUUGACUCUGAAAUGCCGUGUGAAACCGUGAGUAAGAUCCACUUGGUCGAUCUUGCCGGAAGUGAGCGGGCGGAUGCCACCGGGGCUACCGGGGUCCGGCUGAAGGAAGGGGGGAACAUCAACAAGUCCCUCGUGACUCUGGGAAACGUCAUUUCUGCCUUAGCUGAUUUAUCUCAGGAUGCAGCAAACCCUCUUGUAAAGAAGAAGCAAGUUUUUGUGCCUUAUAGGGAUUCUGUUUUGACUUGGUUGUUAAAAGAUAGCCUUGGAGGAAACUCUAAAACUAUCAUGAUUGCCACCAUUUCACCUGCUGAUGUGAAUUACGGAGAAACCCUAAGUACUCUUCGCUAUGCAAAUAGAGCCAAAAACAUCAUCAACAAGCCUACCAUUAAUGAGGACGCCAACGUCAAGCUCAUCCGUGAGCUGCGAGCUGAAAUAGCCAGGCUGAAAACGCUGCUUGCUCAAGGGAAUCAGAUUGCCCUCUUGGACUCUCCCACAGCCUUAAGUAUGGAGGAAAAACUUCAGCAGAAUGAAGCUAGAGUUCAAGAAUUGACCAAGGAAUGGACAAAUAAGUGGAAUGAAACCCAAAAUAUUUUGAAAGAACAGACUCUGGCCCUGAGGAAAGAAGGGAUUGGGGUUGUUUUGGAUUCCGAGCUGCCCCAUUUGAUUGGCAUUGAUGACGACCUUCUGAGCACGGGCAUCAUCUUAUACCACUUGAAGGAAGGUCAGACAUAUGUCGGUAGAGAAGAUGCUUCGACAGAACAAGAUAUUGUUCUUCACGGCCUCGACUUGGAGAGUGAGCACUGCAUCUUUGAGAAUGUCGGGGGGACGGUGACACUGAUCCCCCUGAGUGGGUCCCAGUGCUCUGUGAAUGGUGUUCAGAUCGCGGAGGCCACGCACCUCAAUCAAGGUGCUGUGAUCCUUUUGGGAAGAACCAACAUGUUUCGCUUUAACCAUCCGAAGGAGGCUGCCAAGCUCAGGGAGAAGAGGAAGAGUGGCCUUCUGUCCUCCCUCAGCUUGUCCAUGACCGACCUGUCCAAGUCCUGCGAGAACCUCUCUGCCGUCAUGCUCUACAACCCAGGACUUGAAUUUGAGCGGCAACAGCGUGAAGAACUUGAGAAAUUAGAAAGUAAAAGGAAACUCAUAGAAGAGAUGGAGGAAAAGCAAAAGUCUGACAAGGCUGCGCUGGAGCGGAUGCAGCAGGAGGUGGAGACGCAGCGCAAGGAGACGGAGAUGGUACAGCUGCAGAUCCGCAAGCAGGAGGAAAGCCUCAAACGCCGCAGCUUCCACCUGGAGAGCAAGCUCAAGGACCUGCUGGCUGAGAAGGAGCGAUUCGAAGAGGAGAGGCUGAGGGAGCAGCAGGAGGUCGAGGUGCAGAAGAAGAAACAAGAAGAGGAGCGCUUUCUCCGCGUCCAGGAAGAGCUCCAGCGGCUGCAAGAACUCAACAGCCACGAGAAGGCCGAGAAGGUUCAGAUAUUUCAGGAGCUGGAGCGACUCAAAAGGGAAAAAGAGGAGCAGUAUGCCAAGCUGGAGCAGGAGAAGAAGCGGCUGGAGGAGCAGGAGAAGGAGCAGGUGCUGCGCGUGGCGCACCUGGAGGAGCAGCUGCGGGAGAAGCAGGAGCUGGUCCGGCCGCUGCGGCGUGAGGAGGCGCAGCGCGCGGAGGAGGAGCGGCGGGACCUCGAGGGCAUCCGCACAUCCCUCCUGCGUGCCAAGGAGGCGGGUGCCGAGGCGGACAACGACGGCCGGGAGCUUGAACGCGCGCAGCAGCGUUUCUUAGAGUUCAAGAGAAGGCAGCUGGCCACAUUGGCCAACCUGGAGAAGGACCUGGUUCAGCAGAAGAACCUCCUGAAAAAGGAAGUGGAGGAAGAACGGGAAAUCCUAGAGCACUUAAAAUCUGGGAACAAGGAAGAAUUGAUGUUGUUGGAAAAAAAUGAUGGUGGUGUCACAGAUGACCCCCAGGCAGCUGGAGAUGUGGAGAAGAUCAAGCCGGCGGAGGGCAGGCUGCAGUGUAAGGAGCGCCAGCUCCAGUACCUCCUGCAGCACCAUCUGCCGAGGCUGUUGGAAGAGAAGCAGAGAGCCUGUGAGAUCCUCAACCGAGGUCCUCUCAGCCUGGACAGCACUCUCUACCAAGUGGAGAAAGAGAUGGAAGAGAAAGAAGAGCAGCUGGCGCAGUACCAGGCCAGCGCCAGCCAGCUGCAGAAGCUGCAGGCCACCUUCGAGUUCACGGCCAACGUGGCCCGGCAGGAGGAGAAGGUGAGGCGGAAGGAGAAGGAGAUCCUGGAAUCCCGGGAGAAGCAGCAGAGGGAGGAGCUGGAGCAGGCGGUGGCCCGGCUGGAGAGGAGGCACUCUGCCCUGCAGAGGCGCUGCGCCCGGGGCCUGGGGGCGGAGGAGCAGAGGCCCAAGCUGGCCACCCUGACCGCCGGCGGCGAGCAGUCCGGGCUCCAGACUGGCCUGGGGGCCGAGCAGGAAGCCCUGGAGAAGGACCGGGAGAGGUUAGAACAUGAAAUCCAGCAGUUGAAGCAGAAGAUCUGUGAGGUUGACAGUGUUCAAAAAGGGCAUUGUGGGACCUUGGAGGGAAAGCCCGCUUCUUCCAGCUUGCCAUCCAGUGCUGAAAAAUCUCACCUGGUCCCUCUGAUGGAUGCCAGGAUCAGUGCUUACAUUGAAGAAGAAGUCCAGAGGCGCCUUCAGGGUCUGCACCGUGUGGUUGGUGAUGGCAGCAGUGCACCUGCCGAGACUGUGAAGGAUAAUGAGAAACUUCACAAUGGCACCAUUCAACGUAAGCUAAAAUAUGAGCUGUGCCGGGACCUCCUGUGUGUCCUGACAUCCGAGGCCGAGGCUGCCGCCCGCACCAGCCAUCCUUUGUUGCAGCAAGAUCUGGUCCAGCUUUCCCUCGAUUGGAAGGCAGAAAUCCCUGAUUUCAUUUUGGCUAACGGAGUUCGGUUGUCAUCCAGAUUCCAGAAUACCCUGGUCGACCUGAUUUACUUUCUUCACGGAAACCUGGACGUCGAUGCCCCGUCCCUGGCGGAGAUGCAGCUGUUGCUGUACACGACGGUCAGAGUCGAGGGUGACUCUGGCCAAGGCCACUGCCUGUCACUGGCCCUUCUGAGCACCCACGUCGCCCUGGUGAGGGAAUACCAUGUGUUCUACCCUCACAGCCGCCCUCUGAGCUCGCCGCCUCCAGGACCGCGGUUUGAUGUGGUCAGGUGCCGAGCCUUAAGUGAAUUCAGGUGCCUUGUUGUUCCAGAGACGAAAACAUCAUCCACCGUCGAACUUGUCUUCUUUCAGAAAUGCAGACGCCCGUCAGAUUCAGGAAGUGCUCCCCUCAAGCACCCUCAGGAAGCCCAGAAUGUUCAGCCAUGCACCAGCACGUUGUGUCUGGAGGGCGGCCGGAAUGUGGCCGCUGAGGUCUGGAAACUGACCCUCAACUCUCAGGACGAGGCUCUGUGGCUGAUCUCACACUUGACAAGGUUCUAGGGAGGAGACUUGUGAAAAUACUCUGCAUGUUUUUUGAGAUCUUUCAUAAAAUAAGUAUGGUGAAAAUCGUCUGGGCUAUGACUAUCUCAGUAUAGCUAAUUGAUUUGAAACUGGGAAAAUGCAGACCUCUAUAAAUUGAAAAUGUAGUAUUUUAAGCAUCUCCACUGAAAUAAAAAUAGGUGACAGCAGAGCACUGAUAAAAUACCUUUAUCACCACCUUGCUUCACUUUCUUGAACUUCAGCCUUGUAAAUUGGGUCCUCAUUAUUUGUGAGGGGCUGGAAGCCUGUCUGAUUAUGUUCGUGUUGACUUGUGGUUAUGUGCCUUGGAGUCCAUUUCUGUUGGACGCUGGCAGGCAGAUUUGUGCUUGCUGAAAAGGUAUCUGGUCUGGCAGUGACCUUCUAGACAUCCUCUGUUGGCCGCAGCUAGGAUAGCUCUGGCACAGAGCAUGUUAGUGACACAUCCAGCUUCCCCGGGGGUUUAAAACGCCCUUCCCUCCCUGUAGCACAUGGAGUGGAGGCAGCGCCCCUGCCCUGCAGGGUCUUCUUCCAGAGUCUUAGGAGGAAGGGGGCCACCGCCCCAUGGCCCUGUCCACUCUCCUCUGCUUCAGCCAGGAUCACGGCAGCUGCUCUGCUGCAUGUCUGCACUUAAGUGACUCAGCUGUUCCACUAAGGCCUUGGUUUUAGCCUGGCCUACAGGGGCCACUUUCUGUUCUGGUCAGGUCUUUACAUAACACGCAACAUAAAUGUUGUAGUCUUCCCCUUUCACUUCUGUUCCUCGCCCGUGAUAGGGCCAGUGCCAAGGCCGACCCUUCCAGGGACUGACCGUCUGCCUUUAGUGUGAAAGUGCAGAGCUUCCCUCUCUUCCCCAUCAGAGCUGACAACAAGCUACGGAACUUGCUCUGCAUUUUCAGCAUUGGUUUUCCUCUCCUGUGGUUCUGGGGAUGUGAGCGGGGAGGGGCAGGACCUGGGAGAGCGCGUCAGGGUCCACACUGCUGGCCGCAGCCUGGUUCCUGGUGGCCAAGUGAGCCCUUUUGUCUUUUUGAGGCAGUAGAAUUCAAAUGUUUUUACCUUUUCCUGUGGAGCCUCUUCCACAACACACUCCAGCCCCAGCAGACACACAUGUGCACACCCUACUGCCUCAUACAUGAAGGCUUCUGAGUCUGUGAUAAGGACAUCAUUACAAUUACUUAGCUUGUCAUAUGCUUGUGGAUCUUCGACCACGGAAAAAACUUCUGAAAUGAACCACAGUAGUCUUCUAAUACCUUAUCAAUAAUAUUUCCCCUAAUUUAAAUUGAGUAUUUUCUCACAUGUUCUUGAUAAGAACGGAAUGAAUGACCGUGAGCGUGGAGAGAGAGAGAAACUUAAGAUGCCAGCAGAGGGAUACUGGUUGGGAAGGAAACAAUACACAAGCAGCCCAAAAUGUCAGCAGAGUGGUGCGUACUCAACAGACAGGCUGCGUUCUCAUGGGCAGAGAAGCAGAGUUCUGCUCUGUUAUAAACUGUGUUCUGUGAUAUUGUCCAUAGAUGGGAGUGUUGCAUGUAGGCUGUGACUUGUUCAGUCUGCUUGUGGUCCAAGUAGCCCAUGAUGAGGGCCACGUUCCGCUCUCGCUACGAAACAGAAGCAGCCUCUGGGCAAUUCGGAUUUCACACGUCACCUCAUUUCACCUAAGCAUACUUUUUACCUUGAGAUCAGAUACAGCCCUGAUAUGAGCAUUUGAUUUACCAUCAUGAAGUGAGUACUAAGGUUGUCAUGAUGCCGGGAGAAGCCAGUGGAGUGGUGUGUGUGCCCUUAUCCUCCGUGGCUUCAAUCCUAGGGCCUCUCUGGCUCACGGGCUUGUUCUCCAGGAUUCUAAACGCGGGACACUCAGCGCUGCAGCGGAGCAGGUGUGGCAGCCUCAGCAUCCAGCCUGAAGUACCAUCUCAGUGGUAGUGAGUUCCUGUAUCAGAAAAAAAAAAUAGGUUCAUACGUACUUUAUUAUGUGGCAUUGUGCCUUGUUGUAAUAUAGGCAUAAUGCUUACAUUGUGGGGACAAUACCUAUUUGAGGCCUUUUGAAACAGUGAUUUCAUCUGAAUUUGAUUAAAAUCCAUGUUGCUCACAGCUGCCUGUUAUGCAGACUUGUGGUUGGCAGGGUGAAUUUAUUUAGUCUUUGUUGAAAAACAUUUCAAAACAGUUUGUCUCCCCGUUCUCAUUACUCAAAAAAAUAUGUGUGCAUCCUUUGGAGAGAAUGCUUAUGCCUUCCAGCGGUAGUACAUUACAGUAAUUUUUAUUUACAUUCUUUUUGUUGGCUGAAUUAAAGUUUUGAAUGAUAAAUAGAUUAGAGCACUUUUAUUGAUGCUUCUUAGAUGGUCAGGCCGUCUUGUUGGACAGACUAGUUUCUAAUGAGGUCGUUUUGUUAAUUUAGUCACACAGCCUCCACUAUUCACUUUAGUCAAUACUGCUUCCUUCCGUAACGUAUUUUUUGUGAUGAAUGUUAUAUCAGUCAGCUAUUGCCAAAUAUCAAGCAACCCUCCAAAUUCUAGUGACAUAAAAAAACCAAGCUUUCAUUUCUCCCUAAUGGUUUGCAAGUAGGUUGAGGCAGCUCUGCUGUGGGCUGAGGUCAUCUGCAGGUCAGCUAGGUUGGUGUGCACCACGUGUCUCAUUUUGGGGCCUGUGUGGAAGGGGCAGGGGCCAUCAUGUCGAUGACAGAAGCACAAAAAAGGCGACCAUGCGUCCUGUCUGCUGACAUCCCAUUGGCCAACACAAGUCACACAUCCAAGUGCAAAGUCAAGAGGCAAGGCAGUGCACACUGCAUUCGCCAAGAAGCCAUGGCAAGAAUGUGCUCCUCCUUUUCCUGCUACGGCUACAAGGGAGAGAGAAGUGGGGCCACAGAUGCAUUGGGUCAGGGUUCCCAAGGUUCUGUUGCAAACAAAUUCAGAUGAAACUUGCAGGACCUCUUCCUAAUGGAAGUAUCGAGUCCUAGUUACUACUUAAACUUAUUUUCCAGUUCAGUCUCUGCUGCUUGACACCUGCAUGAGCUGAUCAUCACCUGCCUCUGAAGCAGUUCAUUCGCUGGGAUCUGCUCCCGUUGUUAGACUGUCCUUUCCAUAAUCUUCCUUAUUGUGGCCUCCAUCUGCAGUCCGUCCACCCGUGGUGUCCGCUGUCACAGAAUACAAGUCUGUUCCACACUGUGUCAUAUCACAACCCUUCCAAGAACACAGUGCGCUCUUUCUCUCACCUCCUCUGAUUUUUCUUCUUUACCUCCAAUGAUGUUACUCCCCUUGCUGGUUCUUAUGCAACAAAGAUUCCAAACCACCACCGUCCAAUCUCUUUUUAAGGAUGCACCCUUGUAAUUUUGUUUUUGAAAACCGCCUUUAGUAGGAAUGGAACUGAAUCAUCCAGUUGGUGAGAAGGAAAGAGAUUCUGUGUGUUAUAAAUCACUACUCACAUUUUUUCUUCUGCCAUCUUGUUAAAAAUCUUCUGUGGCUGAAGAUGCAGUGGAUCCCAGCAGUAACAGCCCAGCCACCCUUUGUCUUGUGGUUCACAGGGUAGAGAGUCCUUUCCUACAUGUUGCUCCUUUGGAGCCCCGCAGUGAUCCUCCCGAGAUGGGGGAAUUGUCAUCGAUUUGCAUUUCAUAUCUGAAAGGAUCAUUUGAUUGAGAACUGGAACUCGAACCCAGACCUCAUUCCAGAAUGUAUAUUCUUUCCACAAUGCCACAUUCUUCUUCUGGUCAUGGUUAUUCUUGACAUUGCUUGUAUACAUUUUUUGUUGUUAUUGAUUUGUUUUUUCAUAGGAAUGAAUAAGUGAUUGGAAGAACUGUUGAUUUUUUUCUGACUUGUAACUUUUUUCUUGA